AUCACAACCAACUUUAGGUAUUGGGUCUCAGACCUUUUCUUCACCGACAUAUCCGGCAGCUACCCUUUUCUUCUGCACAUUUCAGUGCCUUUAAUUCCUUUUCCCGCGCGCCAUGUCUGCAGGAUGUCUCACAACGUUAAAAUAAGAGAAUCACCCCUCGCUGCUGAAGAAACACCGUCAGCGUUACAUGCUGUGUUGGUUACUCGCAGGCCCCAAACAUCAAAGCUUCUCCUGCAGCAAAUCAUCAACAGACACAAAGUAAUUUAUGACCAUCGCUAUUCAUAGCGUCACGUGCUGACUGGUCUACUGGAUCCAUUCCCCGGGGACCGUCCUGCAAGCUGCCGUUAGCGCUGGACUUUUGAGGAGGAAGAGAGGAGAGACGUAAGGGUAAAGCUUCAGCUGCGCCUCGUUACCUUUGAAUCUGUCAUCAUUCCGCUCUUUGAAGAAUUCUGUUUUUAUUCUUCAAAAGAACAACUAUCCUAAAUAAAUACUCUAUUAUUUCAACAUCAUCAUUGAUAUUGUCACCAAUGGUCAAAGACACUGCCCCCGCAGAGGCCGGAGAGCCCACUGCGGAACCUCAAGUCACCUACGCCUCAGGUCGUGUCGAGCAUCAGGGCCAAGCUGAUUCACCUCCCGAUUUGAGGCUGAUUCACUACAACGACGUCUAUCACUUGGACCCUUCGAGUGCUGAGCCUGUGGGUGGUCUGCCAAGAUUUAUCAGCGUGUGCCGCCAGUACCAGGAAGGCGAGCAGUUCAAGGAUCAGCCUAAAGCCCUGACGCUCUUUUCUGGAGAUGUCUUUAACCCCAGCUUGGAGAGUACCGUGACCAAGGGUGAGUUUUACAACCAGGGAAUGAUGGCUUUUAUAUCUAGAUAUUGAAUAUUCGACUUAGGUCAACACAUGGUCCCCGUUCUUGAUCUGAUUGGAACGGACUGCUCUUGUGUAGGGGUGGGUAGGUCAUACCACCCUUGACCGACUUGGUAACUAACCAACCUCAAAUCACAGAACCACGACUUCGAUUUUGGUGUCAAGCAGUUUGAGCAUCUCUCAAGUCAGAACAAGUUCCCAUGGCUGCUCGCAAACGUCAUCGACCAUGAUAUUGGCGGUGACACACCGGUUGGCCAUGCGAAGAAGACACAUAUGAUCACCACUUCGAAUGGCAUCAAGGUUGGUCUCAUCGGUUUGGGUGAGAGAGAGUGGCUUGAGACCAUCAACAGUCUACCGCCCAAUCUGGAGUACAGAUCCGCCACUGCCGUUGCCAAAGAGCUCGUCCCGAAGUUGCGGGAGGACGGUGCAGAGAUCAUUGUCUGUCUAAGCCAUAUGCGAGAACCCAAUGACAACAAGUUGGCAGAACAGACAGAAGGACUCAUCGAUAUCAUACUCGGCGGGCACGACCAUUUCUAUGCUCACAGCCUCAUCAAUGGGACUCACGUGCUUCGAUCUGGUACCGACUUCAAGAACCUGAGUUACAUCGAGGCUCGUCGCAAAGAAGAUGACCCUUCCAAGUGGGAUUUUGACAUCUGGCGAAGAGAUAUUAUUUCGUCUAUCGAGGAAGACCCUUCAACACUAAAAACGGUAGAUGAACUCACCUCCAAACUCAACCAGUCGCUGGCAAGGCCUAUUGGAUACACUGCUACACCUCUAGAUGCUCGUUUCAGCACAGUUCGCCUUAAGGAGUCCAACAUCGGAAACUUUGUGUGCGAUGUCAUGAGACAGCAUCAUGGCGCUGAUUGCACAAUCAUGGCAUCUGGUACUAUCCGUGGAGACCAAAUCUACCCCCCAGGUGCGAUUCGCAUCAAGGAUAUCACGACCUGCUUUCCAUUCGAGGACCCUGUCGUGUUGCUCAGAGUGACAGGUCAAGCUAUCUUUGACGCGCUUGAGAACAGUGUAGCUAUGUAUCCUGCUCUGGAAGGUCGAUUUCCCCAGGUUUCCAACAUUCGAUUCGAGUUUGAUCCCUCCCGACCUAGAGGGGAGAGAGUGUUGUGGGCGGAAAUUGGUGGAAAGCCCUAUGAGCCGGAGAAACUCUAUGUGCUCUGUACCCGAGGAUACAUGGGACGAGGAAAGGAUGGUUUCACCAGCUUGCUGGUCAAGUCUGAGGGUGGACAAGCGGAGGAGAUUAUCGAGGAAGAAAAUGGCAUUCUUAUCUCGGCCAUGCUCCGUCAGUACUUCAUGGGUCUUUUGACAGUAGGACGAUGGAAGAAUCUUGCGCAACAUUGGGUCAAGGUUGCCCAAAAAUGCGAGACUCCCGUCUCACCCGUCCGAACCACUUUCAACGUCGACUUUCCCAACCUCAAGGCUGUAGCAGAGAAUUUACCCAAGGACAAACGCACCGAAAGUGUGAAAAAGGACGCAAACGACCCCUGGGGCAGGUUCCUCAAACGCCGCUUCAGCAUCAAUAUGAAGCCCCAUGACGACAACGAAACCAGCGACGAGGAACUUCAUGAGAAGGAUCGCGAGGAGGAAGAGUUUGAGGAUCCCGACGGCGCGAGACUCGACUUCGAGAUUCUCUUGAUGCGCAAGUUCUUCACGAAGUGGGCGCUCAAGGCAAAGGUCAAGACUAGUAUCUGUGAUCCUCUCAAAGAGGGCGAGUACACGGUUGAUUGGACAACCUGCAUUGCUCCGGUGGUCGACGGACGAAUUAUCAUGACCGGAGCUUCUACACCAAAAAAUUAGAUGAGACGUAAUAACAGACGGAUCACCUCAGAGGAGACAUGGGUUACGAAUAGAACGGAUCAUAAAAUAAAUAAAAUUAGGCCUCAAUUUUCAGCAUCGCCCGUAUUUCGAGUAUUCAUGUGUAGG